AUGGUGAAGAACGCAGUCCAAAAGCCAAGUUGUAUCGCCCCACCGCUUCGGCCGUCUCCUACGACUGCUAACCGGACCAUUGCUAAAGAUAGAAACAAAAUCCAAAAGCGCCAAGAGGACUCUGCUGAAAAAUUGCAAGAGGAGAUCGCGGUUAAUAUUAUAUACCUCUCCAAAAACUCUCCCAAAGCAAUACUAACAUCUACAAGCUGCUCCAACAGGAGCAUGAAGCUCUCUGUCAAGAGGCGGUGCAUUGCUGCACAGAUCAUUGGUAACCUGGCAUUAGUUGUCUCAAGAGAAGGAGGAGGAGAUUGCGCCCGCGGCCUCGGAAGGUCUGGAGCUGUCAUUAACCGCAGAUGA